AUGGGUUCGGCACCAGAAGUGUUGGCUCGGAGAAGUGGUGGCAAGCUCAUUGGAGCUCGGGUUCUACAGUACUUAAAUGGAGGCCCUCUCUCCUUCCAGACCUACCAAGCCAUCGUUCUGAUUGUAACAUUUUUGGCUUAUACUAGUUAUCAUGCUACCAGAAAAACCACAAGUAUUGUAAAGAGUGUCCUCGAUCCCCAAUCACCAGAUAUAGGCCUGACCUUCUUUCGGUUUAGGCCGACCAAUGUUAGUGAGUCAAAUGGAUUAAGGAGUGUUUCUUCGAAACUUGGAGCUGGUUGGGCACCCUUUAAUGGAUCAGAUGGGACAUCCCUUCUUGGUCAAUUGGAUGUUGCUUUUCUUGCAGUGUAUGCUUUUGGGAUGUAUUUUUCUGGACAUUUGGGUGAUCGAUGUAAUUUGAGAAUUUUUUUAACCGUGGGGAUGGUAGGAACUGGCUUGUUUACUUCACUGUUUGGAGUAGGGUACUGGGGAAACAUCCACAACUUCUACUAUUUCUUAGUGGUUCAAAUGCUUGCUGGAUUGUUCCAAUCCACUGGAUGGCCUUCUGUAGUUGCUGUUGUGGGUAACUGGUUUGGAAAGAGCAAGAGAGGGUUGAUCAUGGGAAUUUGGAAUGCUCACACUUCCAUUGGGAAUAUUGUUGGUUCUUUGAUUGCUUCUGCUAUGUUAACCUAUGGAUGGGGGUGGUCCUUUGUUUUACCAGGACUAAUAAUUGCUUUCAUUGGUUUGGUGGUUUUCCUUAUAUUGCCGGUUACACCCGAGUCUGUAGGGGCUGAUAGAGAAGAAGAUGAAAUCAGUUAUCCUAUAAAAAGUGGAGAAGAAGCUGCUGAGCCUUUGUUAAGGCAAGAGACUCCAAUUGAGGAGAAAGAAGCAGUUGGGUUCUUAGAGGCAUGGAAAAUUCCUGGGGUUGCUCCAUUUGCCCUCUGUCUGUUUUUUGCCAAAUUAGUUGCAUAUACCUUUCUCUAUUGGCUCCCAUUCUAUGUUAGCCACACAGCAAUUGAUGGGAAAUAUCUAUCUAGUGGGACAUCAGGAACUCUAUCCACUUUAUUUGAUGUUGGAGGAGUGCUGGGAGGAAUUCUAGCGGGCCACAUAUCUGAUCGCUUAGAAGCUAGAGCCAUUACAGCAGCAAGUUUCAUGUACUGUGCAAUUCCCGCUCUCUUCUUCUAUAGAAGUUACGGGCACGUUUCCUUGAUUGUAAAUGGAGCGUUAAUGUUCGUCACUGGCAUGUUCGUGAACGGGCCUUAUGCUCUUAUAACCACUGCAGUUUCAGCUGACCUGGGAACACAUAAGUCAUUGAAGGGUAAUUCACGAGCUCUUGCAACUGUCACAGCAAUCAUUGAUGGAACCGGUUCUAUAGGGGCUGCAGUUGGACCCUUGUUAACGGGUUACAUAUCUGCAAAGAGUUGGAGUGCUGUUUUUACAAUGUUGAUGAUAGCAGCUUUAGUUGCAGGAUUGCUUUUGACCAGGCUAGUAGUGGCAGAGGUGACUACAAAGAUUGAAGAAUCAAGGUCCAAUAGAACACCGGAAUCUUCACUCGAUGUGUAA